CUCACGUACCUCUACCGCAACCUCCACCACGACACCGAUUCAACAGGAAACGAUAUGGCAGGAGCAAGAGGUCGCCGCAAGGGCUUGGGUUUGAGAUCGACUCGCGCUUUCACUAUAUUGUCGGACCGGGCCUCCGUUGAUGCAGACACUCCAAGCACAAAAAUUCCCCCACACUACGGAUUCCCACCGACUAUACCGUCACCGUUCGUGGGCGACCUUCCCACAGCGUUGGACGCAAUCCUCGUCUUUGGGAGCCAAUACCCACAACUAAAAACUCUCACACAUACACUCAUUCAAGACGUUGACCACAAAACAGACUGGGUCAAUCUGUUUCAAUCGGUCCUGACAGCACACGCCGCAAACCCUCUCGACGGUCGCCAACUACUGGAAGAACUUCUAUUCCUGAUCACGCGCACACUCCUUCCAGAGCAAAUAGCCGAAAAUAGGCGAUUCAUGUACUAUGUUUAUGGCCAGAGGCAUACAUUGGCAACGCGAUUGUCGCUUCGCUACGAUAUGCUGCGGCAGUGGAAGAAAGGAUCCCCCAACCAGAACAUGACCAUCGAGUCGAAAGAAGCUCCAGACCCGCCCAUCACGCCGCCUCCCGUCAAAAACAAUCCACGAUUUCCCAACCGCCGCGGACUGAUGCCGAAUAUCAUUCCAACGCUCAUCGCGGCUCCUGAGUAUGGGUACAAUAAGCGACAAAGCGACUGCAUGAAACAUCACAUCACCGAGCUUGACGAGCUCUUGCUCUUUUCCGACGAGACGGUAGAAAAGUGGGGGACGGUGACGUUGCUGGUGAAACUUGCGGCGGCAGUGUCGCAUUGGCAAUGGUUGAGGGAGAACAACGAGACCUUUUACGACAUGCAGGUGAAUAAUUACGCGGAGCUCGAUGGCAAGGCUGAUGACUGCGACUGGGUAAGAGAUUUGAAGCCCCCGAAGGAGAAAGAUGGCGAGAGUUAG